AUGACAACACCUGUAAUAAUCUUCAUUCAGACCACUUACUACAAGAAGACCUUCUCCACAAAGAUAAAAUUGACCUUGGUGCCUAUAACGUUAGGCGUCAUACUGAAUUCUUACUACGAUGUGAAAUUCAACUUGCUCGGAACAGUGUUUGCCUCACUAGGUGUCCUGGUGACCUCACUAUACCAAGUGUGGGUGGGAGCUAAACAACAUGAGCUCCAAGUAAACUCAAUGCAGCUUUUGUUCUACCAGGCUCCUUUGUCAUCGCUUUUUUUGCUCUGCAUUAUACCAUUCUUUGAGCCCCUCACUGGGGAAGGGGGGAUAUUUGGACCAUGGUCUCUACCUGCAUUGGCAACUGUGCUGGUCUCUGGUGUCGUUGCAUUCCUUGUCAACCUUUCAAUAUACUGGAUCAUUGGAAACACCUCAGCUGUCACUUACAACAUGUUUGGCCAUUUUAAAUUUUGCAUUACUUUGGUUGGAGGUUAUGUGCUUUUUCAAGAUCCAAUGUCAAUCAACCAGGCACUUGGAAUUCUUUGCACUCUGGCUGGUAUUCUCUCCUACACGCACAUAAAACUUAUGGAACAAGAAGAAGGGAAGAACCGUUUGGCUCAGAGGCCUUAG